GUAGUUUGAAAUUGUGAAUUCUGAUAUUUUGAUACUGAUAUGUUGUAACUGUAUAAGUUUACAGUUUGGAAUUGUGAAUUGUGCAGUGUUGGUACUGAUAUGUUGUAACUAUAUAAUUUUGCAGUUUAGAAUAUUUGAACAAUUGUUUGCUGGUUUGUGAUUUUGUAGUAUGGAGGGGUGUUUCAUGUUAAUGUGUAAAUACAGUAAUUCUUGUGCUGCUAUUAAGAUUAGUGAGGGAUGUAGUUAUCAUAAAGUUGUUGAGAAAAUAUCUGCGAAGUUCAAGGAGUUGAGUGUUGGUAACUUUUGUUUGUUUUUCUCUAUUCCUGGAUAUUCUAAUUGUAUUGUUGAAUGUGAUGAUGAUUUGGGGAAUAUGCUGUCAAUGGUAGGUUGUAGUGGUUCUCAUGUUGUUGAUGUUGUUGUGGGUGAUAAGAGAAUUGUGGAGGUUGAUGAUGAUAAUUCUUGUAGGAUUGAUUCUGUAAUUUGUGAGAGUUCUUUGGUUAACGAUUGUGAUGAUUUUGGUGGUUUGUUGCCUAGUUUUUAUCCAGAACCAGAGAGAGUUUUGUUGUCUGCUAGUUGGAAGGGGAUUAUACAUAGUGUUGGUCAAGAAUUUGAAGGUGGAGUGCCGGCGUUCCGCAUUGCAUUGGCUAAGUAUGCAGUUGAGUGUGGUUUUGCUGUGAAUUAUUUGAAGAACGAUGCAACAAGAGUAACUGCUGAAUGUAUGAUGAAGUUGUCCACGGGUUGCAAAUGGUUUUGUACAUGAAGGGUGUUGAUGAAUUCCGGUAUUUUUUUAUAAUGAAGUUGGAUAAUGUGCAUACUUGUGGGGUUGUCGCUCAUAGAUCUUGUAGCAAAAUGGUUGGUUCUAGACUCGUGUCUGAUAUUGUGCAUAAUAAUAUCAGUGAUAAUCCGUUGACUUGUCCUAUUGAAGUUAAAAAAAGUUGAAGAAGCAAUAUGGUAUAGAUGUUUCUUAUCGGGUUGCAUGGUUAGGAGUUGAUAAAGCAAGAGGUGGGUUGUUUGGUGAUUUUGCAACUUCUUUUGACCAACUUCGAUGGUACCUUAAGACGGCUAUGAGAACGAAUCCAUGAAGUGUGUUUGAAUUAGAUGUGGAUGAAAGUAGUGGGUGUUUUUGGAGGUUGUUUGUGGCAUUUCAUUGAUGUUUGUAUAGCUUUCAAUUUUUUCGUCCAUUGUUGUUUAUUGAUGGCACAUUCUUGAAGGGGCAUUACAAGGGGCAUUUGCUUGCAGCAACAUCAAAUGAUGGUAAUCAAGGUUUGUUUCCUUUGGCUUUUGCGAUUGUUGAUGCUGAAAAUCAAGAUAAUUGGAUCUGGUUCUUAAGUCAGUUGUUAAAGGCUGUUGGUUCAGGCCGGAGAUUAACCUUUGUGUCUGACCGUCAACAUGGAGUGCUAGACGCUCUUUCAGUGGUUUUUCCUAAUGCACAUCAUGCAUAU